UUUGUCUGAAAUGCCAAGUGUCGUUUUUUGAUUAGUAUCUCUUGAAUACUUUCAAAUAAAUCUCAUUGCACCUUUAUCACACACACACACAAAAACAGGGCGAAUUAUUGAAAUCUUGGACUAGCUGACAUUAUCAGUCAGUCAUCAAAUCUAUAUACUUUUUUUUCGUUUGUAAAUUGUCGGCCUAGUACUUUCGCAAUCUGCCACGGAUGAUUCCGUCUUGUCAGGGGCUGUCAACUCGAAGUAACGUUACAUUUUAGCGAGUCAAUUCAAUAGGCUUCAUAGCAAGCAUCCCCAUUUUGUAGCCUUGUACUAGGUUGAGCCCGUCUGUGUGUAGAGACGCUAACCAACAAGAGGAAGCAUACUUUCCCGCGAGCUCUAUUUUUAACACGUGGUCAGUGUGUAAAACGUGGAAUUGCACUGCUGUGAGUGUGAGGUAUACAAGCUGAGACGCGCAGCGACUGAAGAAUGAGCGAGUUCGAAGAAUCUGGCAUCGGAGAAGAGUGCGGAGUGUUUGGCUGUGUUGCAGCAGGGGAAUGGCCAACACAACUAGAAGUUGCCAAAGUGUUAACUUUGGGUCUUGUAGCGCUACAGCACAGGGGUCAGGAAAGUGCUGGGAUUGUCACAAGCAAUGGAGUCAACCCACCAACGUACAACACCCUCAAGGGAAUGGGCUUAGUGAACAACGCCUUCCCACCUGAGAACCUUCUGAAGCUGCGCUACGGUAACCUGGGCAUCGGGCACACGCGCUACUCCACCACGGGCAUCUCUGAGCUGCAGAACUGCCAGCCCUUUGUGGUGGACACACUGCACGGCAAGAUUGCUGUGGCACACAACGGGGAGCUGGUCAAUGCAGCCGCACUGCGUAAGAAGGUGAUGCGUCACGGCGUGGGCCUGUCCACCAGCUCAGACAGUGAGCUCAUCACCCAGCUGCUGGCUCUGACUCCACCCAUGGAGGAGCUGGAUGCCCCUGACUGGGUGGCCAGGAUAAAGAACCUGAUGCAUGAGACCCCGACAUCCUACUCGCUGCUGGUGAUGUACACAGAUGUGAUCUAUGCUAUCCGUGACCCGUAUGGAAACAGACCCCUCAGUAUUGGGCGCCUCGUCCCCAUUUCUAAACUCCACACUGCAGGUGCUGGCGUGGGGGAGACAGAGGGCUGGGUGGUGUCAUCAGAGUCCUGCAGCUUCCAGUCCAUCGGUGCCAAGUACUACAGAGAGGUGAUGCCUGGAGAGAUAGUCCAGAUCUCCAAACACGGUGUGAAGUCCCUAAGCAUCGUCCCUCGCCCUGAGGGAGACCUCCCUGCAUUCUGCAUCUUUGAAUAUGUCUACUUUGCCAGACCAGAUUCCAUAUUUGAAGGUCAGAUGGUGUACACGGUGAGGCAGCGCUGUGGACGUCAGCUGGCCGUCGAGGCCCCUACAGAGGCAGACGUGGUCAGCACUGUGCCCGAGUCUGCUACACCGGCUGCACUGGGAUAUGCUCAACAGUCGGGACUUCCGUACGUGGAGGUUCUGUGUAAGAAUCGCUAUGUUGGGAGAACGUUUAUUCAACCAAACACACGCCUCAGGCAGUUGGGGGUGGCCAAGAAGUUUGGGGCACUGACAGACAACUUUACAGGCAAGCGAGUGGUGCUCGUUGAUGACUCCAUCGUCAGGGGCAACACCAUCUCCCCCAUAAUAAAGCUCUUAAAGGAAGCAGGAGCCACAGAGGUUCACAUCCGUGUUGCCUCACCACCCAUCAGGUUCCCAUGCUACAUGGGCAUCAACAUCCCCACAAAAGAGGAGCUCAUCGCUAACAGGCCAGAGUUUGAGGACAUUGCGGGCUACAUUGGUGCAACCAGUGUGAGGUAUCUGUCGGUUGAGGGCCUGUUAUCAGCGGUGCAGGGAGGAAUCCCCUCCCUCCAGGGGAAGGAUGAAAGGAUCAACACCAAUGCCAGCAGGAGAGUGGGCCACUGCACCGCCUGCCUCACAGGCAAAUACCCUGUGGAACUGGAGUGGUGACCAUUGACCACAACCCUCAACAAGUCAGACACAGCUGAAGCUGCCAUAGAUGACCACAACCAAACUGUUCUCUGUCACACUACUGCUGUUUAUUGUACUUAACCCUGAAUCAUUUGGGGACAUUAAUGCUGCCAUUCUGGCAACACAACCGUAUGCAUGUCAAUGUAUUACAUUUGAACCCAGCCUUUUCAUUCCACGUAAGAUUACAUUCCAUUGUUACUGAAAAGCAACAUUUUGUGAGGUGAAAGAAGCUGUGUUCCAACCCCUUAUUUCUAUCCUCUCAUAGGAGAGAUGUUACAAGUUGCCUUAUCAGCUGUAAGACGCACAAGACUAAACAAUGUUGAGUGGAAACUUGCCUUCAUUUCAUAUAGCAAAAAAUGUUUAAAUAGGAAAAUACAUAUGCAGACCUGUUUAAAGUGGUUGAAUCCUCUGUCUCCCUUAUUUACAUGAAUCCUCCUGUAAAGUACAUUUCAGUUUUUCUAUGUUGAUCAUAAUUAGAUUUUCCCUAUUGUGAUAUGUAAGAAAAUUAAAGCGAUAAAAUAAAUCCAUACAGCCAAAAAA